AUGGCUUCUAAACGUGUGGUUUCCGAACCUAAUGGCACUGGCCGAAGUGGUGACAAAGAAAUCAGGGACGAAAACCCCCACGUCACUCCCUCAGAGGCACCGGCUGCCACCACUGUAGUUCCUACUGCUGCACCCACCGUCAUGCCCACCCACAUGCAAUCCACCGUUGAAACAGAGGGACCGACUGUCGAGACCAUUGAAGACAUCACCGAACACGUGCACGAGAACACGCGAGCGGAAAUGCAGCCUGCCCGUCUCCAGGCCUCCGCGCCAGGCAAUGGAGAAGGAAGCAGCUCGGCACCUACUCGCCACCACCGUGACUGCAUCGUCUCCCGCACCGUGCACCGUCAUCCACCUUACCUAGCUGAGGUUCCAAACGCCCUGCUUGGACAAGUCUGGAUCGACCACAUUGAUUCCAUGUUGGGCGUCCGCACCGAACGUCAGACCGAAGACAUGCAGUUUUGCAUUGAGCACAUGUCCCGGAUCCUUUUUCUGGCAAACAACAUGUUGAGGCAGCAGAGAGAGCUUUUGGCGGAUCUGAGACGCAUCAAUAGCGAAGAACACCAUGCAGAUUCUUCCAGCGAGCUUACUGAUUUCGAUGAGCUUAUGAACUUCAGUGAUCUCCUGGCGAUGAGCGAUGAUGAUGAGAAUGAGGAUGGCGGUGAUGAUGAGGAUGAUGAUGGCGGUGAUGGCGGUGAUGGCGGUGAUGGUGGUGAUGGUGGUGAUGGUGGUGAUGGUGGUGAUGGUGGUGAUGGUGGUGAUGAUGAUGACAAUGCUGCCAAUUGGAGCGAUACUGUGAAUGACUAG